GUCACCCUCAUGCACAGAACCAACAUCUGUAGUCUAUUAGAAAUGUAAUAGUUCCUUUACCCAAGAUGAUAGAAUUUCAAAGUAGAAUUUUGUCCAUGGAAAUUAUCGGACAGUUAUCAGGCCUUAACAAUCUGUAGUUGCUAAGACUUUUCUUGCAUUUGUCAUUUUUUGUGACUGGAUUACAGAAGCAAUUCAUGACAGUCUGUAAGAACUUCAUAAUAUGUUUUUUCCCAACAAAUGAAAUGCAUUACAUUCAAAUGUAUGCUGACUGUUACUCAAUAGUACUGGUAGUCAUUUCCUCAUUCAAUCACUUUGAAAAUGGAGAUUCAAAGAUUUGCUGAAUGCUUUCUCCCUUUUGUAUGUCAGCACAUACUGUCUAUUUUCCUCUCUAUUUUGCUCAGCCAACAAACCCCUCUUUACCCUGGGUAAAACCUUAAAUCUUUGUUUGGACACCAAUGUCAAUGUCAUCACUUAGCCCUCCCUGGAUUCACACUUCCUUAUGUUUCACUCUUGAAUAUUUUCGCUACAUUUUCUGCUUUUCUACCUAUCUUGCUUCAUGUUCUCUUCAAUGCUUUGUCUCUUCUACAUUCUUAGCUGGCAUAUGUUCUUAUUUUCCAUCUGCCACAGUCAAUACCACACCAAACUCUCUUCUUAUUUCCCUACUGUGCUUGAAGCUUGAAUGGUGUCUAGGUCUAGACCCCUGUAUGUAGAACCAGCACUUUGGACCACAUAAAUGUGUUAUCCUUGUGACUAUAGAAACACAUGAGACUCCCCAAGCAUCUGCACAUUGCAUGCUUUGACAAAAGAUGUACAAGAAAAUAAUUCAUAAAAUUAUUUUGUUUAAAUCUCAUUGUUCUUAAUUUUUUAACUUGUGCGCAAAUUUUGUUUGUACCAUUUUGUUCUCAACCAAUAUUUUUUUCAGAUUUGUAUAUAAGCAUGAUAGAUUAAGGAUAUGUGUAUGUUGUAGUGAAAGUCUUGUGUUGUCUGUAAUGGGUUAUUGUGUUGUCUCUGUGAGGCUUGUGGAAUAUAGAUACCGGCAAUAUAGUGAAUGUUUUCAAAACAAUUUGUAGCUUACAGUGAUACAGGCUAUGACAUCAUCUUCAUGUUUGAUGGAACUGUCAACAACAGAUACUUUGGAUGGAUGCAGAACUUUGCUCACAACUUUGCUUCACAAAUGGAUAUUGAUUCUGGAGAGUUCCGAGUUGGAGCCAUGACCUUCAACAGAGGGCAAAAUCUUGUAUUUAAUCUGAAUGACAAUGGUUGGCAAUCAGAAGUUAUGCAAGGUCUCAAAUCCAAAACCAGGAACACUCCAGGAGGAAAGCCAGAUUUGGCUGGAGCCUUUGACUAUGUCAGAAACAACAUGUUCACUAAUCGUAGAGGGGAUCGCCCUAAUGCUCGUAACUUUGUAAUAAUGAUGACAGCCAAUGAGGAGAGUUUGAACAGUGGUGCUGCCAUUGGUGCCUCUCAGCGACUCCAGAAUGAGGGAACUGGAAUCUUUACAAUUGGUUUCAACCUGGGAAACACCGAUGAGCUAGAUGCAGUAACAACUCAUCCACUAGAUCAGUAUCAGUAUCUCAUUAAUGAGGAAAGUGGACUUCAGGAACUGCCAGGGAUCAUCGGCUACCACUUUUCAAAUGCUGCUCCUGUGACACUGCCACCACCCACUACUCCAAGACCAACAGGUUUACACUAGUCAUUGUGAAAUUUCAUAGUCUUUCCAAGAAUAUCAACAGUUUCCCCAAUCAAGUCAUUCCAUAGUUAUAGUCCUACCAUUGUCAACUCCACAACUUCCCAUACCUUCUCCAUAGUGUCUUGAAUCCCAAGUCAACCUCUCUUGUUCUUUAUCAUUAGUGUAAUUUCUGUUUCCAACUAUGAUUCUAGUCUCUCAUUCUGCACUUUCCAUACUCCCUCCUUUCAAGAAAGCAGACAACAUUUGCUGUUGCUGUUGCUUUCUAAGGUUGGAUUUCAAACAUUAAGCAAACUUUCUUUUAAAAUAUCAUCAACAUAUAGAAUCAUGUUCACCUAUGUACAAGCUAUCAGAAAUAUGAUUUUAAAGAAGUGGAAAAAGUAAAGUAAUGUUUGUCCCCAUUGUAAGAGUUACAAUUCAGCAAUAUUUUGAUAUUUUCUCAGUUGAAUUCAG